AUGACCCAGAAGUUUUCCCAUGAUGUGGAGGUUAUGAAAUAUAAUCAUGAGGAAAGAAUUGAGAAGGUUGAGCAGUCUAUGGAGGAGAUCAACAAUAACCUUAAGAAUGUGGUAGACAUAAGCAAGGAGGCCAUGGGAAAUAGUAUGGAAGGGCUAGAAAAGAUCAAUACCAUGGUGGUGGAGUACAAAUACAAUAUUAUUGAUAGUGAUUAUCCUAGUGACAGUAACAAAAAGAAAGAACUAGGCGGUGAAGACUCUGCUAUGGGUGGCAAUAAAACUACGGGCCCUAGUUCUAGGACCAGAAGUAAGAGCAGCUAUAAGGGUACAUCUAGGUUCAUUAUGGAGGACUUGGAGGACAUCAACAAGGUUAUCAUCCAAAAGAACAAGGAGCUGGUUGGUAAUUUCUAUAUCGUACUGUGUGAUUUGAAAGGGUUGCUGCGUUGUGGAAAGGCGUGCAGGCUGCGUUGGAUGAAUUAUCUUCGUCCUGACAUUAAGUGUGGCCAUAUUUCAGCAGAUGAAGAGGACUUCAUCUUAAGACUUCACAAGUGGUCGUUGAUAGCAGGCUGCAUUCCUGGUAGAAUGGACAAUGAGAUUAAAAAUCACUGGAACUCUCAUUUGAGCAAAAGAGUUGAAGCGACCAAAAUCCAGCCUGCUCAUAGACAGCCAAGCUCUCAGGGAAAUAAUGGAUUCCCAAUUUCUCAAAUUGAAGAAGUUUACAGUGCGAGAGGAUACACUUCCCAAGGCUCUGUAGAGCCCAUGCAGAAUUUCCGCAAUGUCUUCAACAUUGUGGGUGGUGCGCCAUGCUCUUACGGAAUCGCCCAUCUUCUUCGAUGA